AUAAAAUUAAAAUAGAGUAAUGUGGGGCUGGAUAGACUACUUCUGUGACUGUGGGAAAGAAGAAGACAUUCAAAUGGACUUUGAACCAAUUACUAGAACCAAAGAUCCUCUUGCUGGAGAUGACCCUGUAGAUGUUGAAAGUGAUGGAGAUGGAGAUCUUUAUGAUGACGAAGAUGCCCUAUUUGAGAAAAAGAUCAAGACUUAUCAAGAUGAUCCUGAGAUGGAGAUUGGCUUCCCAAAAGAUAAGCAGGAGUACGAAGCCACUCCUUGUCUAGAAGAAGUUCUUGAUGAAUACAAUAAAUAUACAAGAGGAAGAGCACUUAAGCCACUAAAGAAGGGAAUCGGUUUGAUGCUCCAUGGAGAUGCUGAUUUCUUUAACCAUUCUGAUGUUGAAGAGUAGGAUAAUUACAUUUAAAGAUCUUACAAACUUAA